GUCAACCGCUUAAAAAAAAGUAGAAAUACCAGUGCGUUUCUCAGAUCGCUGCGCGAUAAAAAAAACCAUCUGUCCGAUAAAAGGGCGGCGAGCUCCCUUCUGGCUCGAGACGCGUCCGCACGCGUAUAUUCGUGUAUACGUGGUUAAAAAUUCGUGGCGGUCGUUCCCUUUUGUACAAAAGAAUGGCAAUAUCAUUGCAUUCUCUCCUUGAGAUGCCACACGAGAAGAAAAAGUAGCUUGUUACCGAGCCGGGAGACCCGGAAGAGCGUCACUCAGCUCGGAACACCCGCGUGUGCGAGAGCAAAAACGCGGUUAAAAAUUCGUUGCGGUUGUCCCUGCGGUUUUUUUUGCAAAAAAUAAAAAAAAACUUCCCAGGAAUCGGGGAACCAAGAGAAGUUUUCUAAAUGUGAACCGAACGAGGAGAACAGUUUCCUGAAAGUUGUGGGGUCAGAGGGAAAAAAAUUGGUUUCAAGAAAACCUUCAUCGGACGAAAGGACCGGAGAAAGACUUUCCAUUUCAAUAUUAUGACCACCUCGAAUUUUUAACCAUCUUAAAUAACCUUUUUUGCUCAUAUAUAUUAUCUCGAAUUUUGUUCGUUCGAAAAAAAAGGGCUUUUGUUUUCCGGUUUCUUUUCUUCGUUCGAGGACUAAGAAAGACGUAAAUACGCGAGUUUUAAAAAUCAGUCAAUGGGAAAAGGAAUGCUGCUAAUUAAUUUCUUUAAUUAUUUAUCUUGAACUUUGUUUCUUUGAUAAUCGAUCGUUUAAGAAGAAACAGAGAGCGCUGGUCUUCUUUCUCUUUUUUCCUCUAUAAUUUGCUCCCACGACGAUCGUUCUUUGGAACGCGGCAGGAUCGGUAAGCGGCAGGGGGUCGUCGAUCGGAAGGUGGUGCCACCUGCAGCACCUGUCCGCGCCAGGUGAGAAUAAAGAGAAGGAGCCGCAGUAGCCUGAAAUUCAGUUGGGUCGACGCCGUGGGACACGUGUGUUACGUUAUCUAUACGUAUUCCGGUCGCCGCGGGGAGAUUACGUUGAACUCGGCCGGUUCGGCGUCGAGGAGGAGCUCACCGUGUGCGCAAAUCGAGGAAUCCCGCGAGGACAGCACGAGGAAGGUCGGCAAGGGCCGCCGUUUAGUCCGGGACCUUCAAGUUUCAAGAGGGAAAGAGGAGGAGAAGGAGUGAGAGACGCGGCAAACCGAGGGACGUCGUACACCACACAGCCAUCGCGGAGCAGCGAAACUGGACGCAAACGGGAUGCCGAAGCAAUGCAGUUGACACAUCGCAAGAUCUCACGUGGUAAAAAAACACGCGUCUUCAAGAUACCAUUAAGAAGUCCCGACAUCAAAAGGUAUUCGAGGUGGAUUCUGAAGCGACGACGUUUCAGAAUCCCUCCAUCAGGACUCGCGCGCAAUAGCAUUUGAUCGGAAACAAAGAAGCAAGAAGAAGGAAAUUGCCGCGGUAAUUUAAGCGACACACACAUUGCACACCUCGCAUUGAGAGAAACUUCGCCGUGCGACAAGUUCAAGCGGGGAAUUCUCUUUCUCUAACUUCGCAAGCCGCAAAAGCCGUCGAAAUAUACGUAAUAAAAGAUUGCGGCGGUAUCCAAGGGGGCCGAACGAUUUUCCGCAAUCCACCACCUGUGGCUUCUGAUAACUCCUCUGAUAAGGAGAGAAAGAGGAGCGCCGCGACACCGCCGCGGGGGCCUUCGAGAUUAACGCUAAGCCCUCAUUUUUAAGGAACCCUCUCUUUCUAUUAACUCAGGUAGAUGUACUCCGCAAGUUACGAAAGAAUGUUUUAACCGCGCCGUAUUUAAGAGAGAGAAAGAGAGAAAGAGACGAUCGAUUUCGCGAACUGGAGAGGAGAAUGUUACAAGUCCGUAACUUAGAAUACUUUUGGAAAUUCGGAGUGAGAACAAUGAGACGUUUGUUUUAAUAAAUAAGAAUUGAAAGCGAUUUUCUUCGGAGGUGAGAUUAUUUGCUCUCAUUCCAAGAUCGGUGGACAAAGGUCUGCUGGCGAACGUGGAACAGACGUUGCCGGAAGUAAUCUCGGACAAUCGCGUCAUAGAGAGAUCGUUGAAGAACGCACCGGUAGAAAGCGCGUUAUUAGAUCUCCGAGGAAGAGUCGGAAGCUUCUGUAGAAGAUUGUGAAGAGAUCUGUCGAACAGAGGUGGGAUUGGCGACAUCCCCUUCUCCCCCUUUUCUCGAGCACCGUGGAAGGUAAUUCACGAAAAACGGCGAACCACUACGGGGUGCAUUACGCGAACUCGUACGCGUGCAGCAACGGCGCACCGAGCGUGUACACCAGCACCGGCUGUUGCACGAACGUCAACGGUGGCGGCUUUAACGUUCACCAGCCGCAGCCCCACGAGGAUUAUCGGCCGAUCUACUUUUACGUGGCGCAGCCCUACACGAUCCCGUACACCUUCGCCAAGAGGCCGAAACCCGCCGCGUCGUCGUUGCUAAGGGCGGCAAAGCCGCGCGGCAACAAUUGCCGCGUAAAGUUCACCAAGCGACUCGGGAACGCCGACUUCUCGCAGAAGGUCAAGCAGGGCGAGUUCUCGCGGAGUCUGAACCAGGUGCACUUCGCGGAGGGUCAGGGUCAAGUGCUCGCGAGCUAUCCAAAAGCUGGAUCAUCGUCUCGCGACCCGAGAAUGACGUCGAUGUUUCGAAGAGGCACGAUCUUCGCGACCUUCUUUCUAUCAUUGCUAGGCGGUGGGCUCGUCUGCGCCGCCCUUGUGACGCAGCACUGGGUAGAGGCGCGACCGUGGAGAACGCCUAAUCCUCAGGAGAGCGCUGGCAGAGUUCAUUUCGGCUUGUUGCAGGGUAAAAAGGAGUUAAACGUCGCUUACGGAUGGAGGACGUAUCACGUGUCCGUUCCUCAAAUGAUCCGGCAGGAUCCAUCGGUGAUGUCUUGGGCACUUUGGAUCGGUACUUUAACAACAACCUCGGCUGCUCUGCUAGCGGCUGCAUUAGCUGCGCUUUUGGCAGUUUUAAAUACGGCUACUUCACCAAGAUCAAAAAUUCUAUCUAUUCCUGGAGUAUAUUUUAUAAAUAUGUUAACGCUGUUAAUGUGCUUAGCAAGCACUUGUACUUGGUUAGCGCAAUAUUAUACGAGACUAUACGUCAAUGUGCUUCCAAAGGAGGACAUCGAUAAUAUGUGGACCAGCGAAGGUUCUGCUGAGCUUGGUUAUUCAUUUUGGCUCGUGGUUAGUGCCGGUGUUGUACAUCUCAUUAGUAUAGCAUUAGUUGGCUGGGGCUCAGGUAGAGAAAAGGAUGAUCGUCUGGAACCAAUACCCGCACUUGAAGAGAAAACAGCCGCAGCGAUAAUGUUAUACUAAAAUAUUAUAAUAUUAUUGCUGCAAGACUUCGACUGAAUUACGUUAAUGUGCGUAAUAUCAAGUUAAUAGUGUCUAUAUCGAGAUUAAACGAAAAUUAACUGAGAUUAAUAGCAAUGAAAUUUUCGUUUAUAUUUGUGCCUUGCACAGUUCCUAGAUCUGCCAGACGUUUGUAAUCAGUUGCCUAGGUGUGUUUUGCAACCGAUAUCGUGCAAUUUUAUAUCAAAUUAAAAUACAAAAAUAAACUUA